CUUGGCUGGUUCGUCUCUUCUCUCCGUUCCAGUCCACCCAGUAGAAAUCGUGCGAAGACGAAGAGGGUUCCUGCUUGAACUGCGAAAGUUAGGGUUUUGAUCGUCAAAUGAUCCAUGGAUGAAGUAGUAGGAGAAGGCGCUUCAGUCCUAGCCGAGCCCAAUCCACCGGGCGAGGAGCGCACGCAGCUGGAGGCCGUCGAUGUCGGCCUAACUCAGGUUGACCAGGCGGAACGCAGGGGCGAAGCGGAUUAUUAUGCCGUUGAUAAAGGCUCCUCCUCAUUGUCGUUCCCCUCCGGCUUUGAUGCGAGCGCUCCGGAUCUUCUCGAGGCGUCGGAGCCCCUAGUCGAUGUCAGUUCCACCAGUGGUGACGGCACCAAUGGUGGGCGGGUGGCGGUAAUCGAUGCGGAUGACACGGAAAAUCCUCAGUGUGAGCGGGCAACUGGUUGUAUGACUGGGUUACCGGUGCCUCAGGGCUCCGCUGCUCCUCCCCUAUCUAACGGAGGAACUGAGAAAGCUAUCGCCUAUGAGCUUGAUUCUUCCAAAAUUGCUGUGGUUGAUGCUGAUACACUCCAAGAGGAGGGGAAGGCAGAGAGCGACCGUAUUCUGCAUUGCCAUCAAGUGAAGAACGAUGAGCAAGUAGGAACUUUGAUGCCUCAGGGGCCACCUGAAGUUUCCAAUUGUGAUUUUGAUGGCGGUAAUCCAAACAUCCCCGUGUCUGAGGCUGACACAAUUAUUUCCAGCCAUGUCACUGCUUCUGCUGUUUCUUCAGAUAUGGAAGUGUUAAAGAUGGAGGUGGAUCCCGCUACAAUUUCGCAACAUUGCAAGGACAGUUUCCAGGGAGAAGCAAUCCAUUCUUAUGGAGCAUCUGCUGUUUUUUCCUUCAAUUCUGAUGGUGUGAAAUUUUCAUCUUUUGAAAGUGACAAUGGUAUUAGUGCCAUAGCCAAUGUUGAUGUUGUGGAAGAAGCAGUUUUAAAAACGGAAGUGGAUAGUUUCCCAGUGUCUGAAUGGCAGCAAGGGAAGGAGCAGGACAGUAUUAAGGAGGAGGACAGUGUUAAGCAGGAGGUUUUGGUGCCUCAGAGCUCUUAUAUCAUGCCUUCCUCUGGUUUUGAUGGUGAUCUUUUGAACUGUGAUGCCUUUGAGAUAGCCGAUGCUCCCACCACUGCAGCUGGUGAUAAUCCUGUUCACUUUGCAGCGUUGAAGGUGGAUGUUCAUAUUGAAGCAAUUGCCGAAGGCAAGCAAGUCACCUGUGAAGAAUCUGAUGUUUUGAGGCACGUGUCAUCCAUCUCUGAGAGUGCACCUGAGAAAGUAGAGUCUUGUGAGCCUGUUGCUGUUGAUAUGCCAGGUGAUAAUGAUGCUAUGAAAGUGGAUAUGACAUUUACAGAUAUUGAUCAACUGGGUAAUGGGGCACUUCCCAUAUGUGAACAGACCGUGGAUGUUGUGGUGGCUGAUAUUUCAAUGUCCAAAGACUCAUCUUCUGAGUUUCCUUUUGAUUCUGACCAUGGACUUCAGGACAUUUCUGUACAUGAGCCUGAUGUGACCACCAUUUCACUUGACAGUGCUGAUGUCGUGGAUGACGAAGCAAUGCAAAUGGAUGCAGAUGAUAGAGCUACUAUCUUGCAAAGAGGUGGACGGAGGAAGAGGGGUCGACCAUCAAAGACUCAAGUUGUUAGAACAUCAAGGCAGAAAGAAGCUGAAGAGGUGUGUUUUAUUUGCUUUGAUGGAGGUGAUCUUGUGGUUUGUGAUCGUAGGGGUUGUUCAAAGGUGUACCAUCCUUCAUGUGUCAAUAGAGAUGAGGCUUUCUUCCGUGCAAAGGGUCGUUGGACAUGCGGUUGGCAUAUAUGUAGCAGCUGUGAGAGAACUGCUCACUACAUGUGCUUUUCCUGCACAUACUCUUUAUGUAAAGGGUGUAUUCAAGAAUCUGGAUUUAUUUGCCUUAGAGAAAAUAAAGGGUUCUGUGAAGCUUGCAUGAGCACUGUGAUGCUGAUAGAGACAAAGGAAUAUGGGAAUGGACAAAUGAUUACAGUUGAUUUUGAUGAUAGAAGUAGUUUUGAAUAUUUGUUCAAGGACUACUAUAUAGCUCUGAAAGCGAAGUUGUCAUUGACAUUAGAUGAGUUGAUGAGCGCUAGAAAUCCAAUCAAGAGAUCUGAUGUUGCCACACUAACUAAUGGUUCUGGUAAUUUGCGUAAUCCUAAAGAACAGCAGGUAGCAUCUUCAGACAGCUCUUCAGACCAUAAAGAAAGAACUUCUAGGAGGAAAAUUAGAAAAAGAUCUAAGAAAUUUAUCAAUGACAAAGGGUCAGUAAAAGGAGAUUAUGUUGGUACAUCUGUCUCCAGGAACUCUGAGUGGGCUACGGAUGAACUUUUGGAGUUUGUAGCACAUAUGAGAAAUGGGGAUAUAUCUGCUUUAUCCCAGUUUGAUGUUCAGGCUCUUUUGCUUGACUACAUAAAGAAGCAUAAUCUUCGUGAUCGCCGUCGGAAAAGUCAGAUUGUUUGUGAUCCAAGACUUGGAAAUCUUUUUGGGAAAGAGCGUGUGGGGCAUUUUGAAAUGUUAAAACUCCUUGAGUCACAUUUUCUCAUAAAAGAGGUAACAACACUAGAUAGUGAAGACAAGCAAGGAGGUAUAGUAGAUCCCGACUCUGACCCAACAAAUGCUAAAGCAAAUAAUGAUCCAUCCACAAAGUUAACUCUUGAUAAGAGACGCAAGGUUCAGAAAAAGGUGGAGGAUAAGGAACUUCUAAACAAUCUUGAUGAUUAUGCAGCAGUAGAUGUUCACAACAUUAGCUUAAUGUAUCUGCGUCGUAAUUUAAUGGAGAACUUGAUUGAGGAUGAUGAAUUUGAGGAGAAAGCAAUUGGAUCCUUCGUAAGAAUAAGGAUUUCUGGGCUGGGACAACGCCAAGAUAUGUACCGGUUGGUCCAAGUUAUCGGUUCAGGCAAAGCAACAGAACAAUACAAAAGUGGAAAGGGGACAACUGAUGUAACACUUGAGAUACUAAAUUUAAACAAGAAGGAGAUUAUUACAAUUGAUAUCAUCUCAAAUCAGGAGUUUACCGAGGAGGAAUGCAAACGCUUAAGACAGAGCAUUAAAUGUGGGUUUAUUGGACGACUAACAGUGGGAGACGUUCUGGAGAAGGCAAUGUCUCUCCAACAUGUAAGAGUAAAUGAUUGGUUGGAAAGUGAGAAAUCAAGGCUUGGUCAUCUUCGUGAUCGUGCUAGUGAAAAAGGCCGCCGGAAAGAGCUUAGAGAAUGUGUGGAGAAGCUGCAACUGUUGAACACGCCUGAAGAGCGAGACCGCAGGCUGAAUGAAGCCCCUGAUAUACACACUGACCCACAUAUGGACCCAGACUUUGAGUCUGCAGAGGAAGAAGAGCCAGAUGUGGGAAAACAUGAUUUCUAUGACAAGUUGAGAGAAUCUUCUUUCACUAGGAAUGGGAGGGAGGUAAAGUCUCCUGGGAAAGGAGGUUCAACCGAAAACUGGAGUAGUUUCCGGAAAAACUCAAACGUUUGGGAGUCAAACAGAAGUUCUCAAAUUCAAGUUAGGCCUUUGGCAGAUUCCUUUUCUGGGAGACGUGUUGAUGCAACUGACUUUUCCUUGAACCAGUCUAAUGACACACACCAGCUAGUUUCUGAGGUUCCAAAAAAUUAUGUACUUGCAAGUGCACCAGAUGGCAGUCUGUACAACGAGAAGCAUCUUUCAAUGGAACAAUCAUCUGAGGGUCUGCAUGGUAAUCAAAAGGCAUCAUUGCCAGUUGGGAAUGUAACUAAAUCAAACACAAGUGAAUCAGAAAAGAUUUGGCAUUAUAAAGAUCCAUCCGCAAGAAUCCAAGGACCAUUUUCAAUGUCUCAAUUGCGCAAGUGGAGUACGACUGGAUACUUCCCUCCUAGUUUGAUGAUUUGGAGAACUUCUGAUAAGCCUGAGGACUCUAUCACGUUGACUGAUGCAAUGGCAGGGAAAUUUGAGAAAGAUUUACCAGAGUGGGAACCUCCUUCUAAGAACGCUGAGGACUUAGUUGAUGUUUCACCUACUCCAUUUAGUGUGGAAGGAAAUUCAGAAAGUGCUCGGAGAGGAAGUAAGGAAAAUACACAAAAGGUGAAGCCUUCUUCCUGGUCAUCUACAAACAUGGAUGUCUCUUCCAGCACAUCACCAAAUGCUGCCAAUAUUAGGGUUGGACAAGCACAAAAAAUGCCAAUUGAGUCACAGCCUAAUAGUCAGUACUAUGUGAAUUCUCAAUUCAAUAGGAACUCUACAAGUAAUCAAUUAUCCAGUACCAUUACAAAUAUCUCACUAAAUGACUCGUAUCAGCUGAGAAAUGAUUCUUCCAAUGUACCUACUCUGACUUCACAACCAAGCAGCCAAGGCUGGUCAAAUGCCAAAGGUUUUGCAAAUAAACAUAUGGCACCUAAUGUUUCUGUCCAUGACACGGCUUCAGGCUGGGUGACUCCUACAGGAGGCAUGGAGGAGAUAGUGUCUUUAAGAAAUACGGCAAAUUCAUUAACAGAACUUGGUUCGGGCUCCACACAGUUUGUGCCUGAUCAAGCUGUUGUUCGAGAUGACGGAAAAUCUCUUCAUGUUGCAUCUGUUCUGGAACCUGAAAUGAAGAGGCCCCGGACCCAUGAAGGAGCAGCAAGUGAGACAAUUUUUUCUGAAUAUAAUCAAGCAGCCUCUCAGUCGGCUGACCAGAGUCAAAUUCUUCUCGCGCAUGAUCCUGUUGGACCAACUAAUGAUCCUGUUGCCUGUGCUCAAAUUGUGACUUCACAAAAGUUUGAAACACCUGAUGUCUGUACACCCUCAGUCGAUGCAACUACAAAAUUAUUUGUUCAAACAGAUGCUUCAGAGUCUAUCUUAGCUCAGAGAUCACAAGCUUCUGCAACUCCAAAUUCUGAGCGUAUGAAUCCAGCAAACUUUGAAAUUCCAAUACACAUGAGCAUCACUAAUAAUCAAAUGCCAUCAUCAAACAUGACACCUUAUGGUUGGAGCUCUGCUCCCAAUUCUGCUGCAGCUAGCAACGAUAAUACCCAAUUGCUCUGUUCUAAUGGUUCUAACCCACCAUCUUCACAGUUUGGAUCAAAUGCCAAUAUUGUAUCUGUAAAACCAACACAGAUGGGAUUUGUUAAUGGAUCUAAUAUUCAAAACUCAAUUUUUCCGAUGGCUUCACAAAACCCAAGCACAAAUCCAGGUUCUACACAAGGAACUGGAAGUUGGACAGCAGUGCCUCAAGGAAACAUGAACAUUGGCUGGGGAAUGGUAGCUCAGAACAAUAUGAAUAUGCCUUGGGGACAGACUACUCAAACACUAGCAGAUUUUAACAUGGGUUCGGGGGUACAAAGUCAGGUAAAUCCUAUGGUGAACCCUGGUUGGGCUGCACCAGCACCGGCACCGGCACCGGCACCGGCACCAGGACCGGGAAACACAAAUAUGAAUGCAGGUUGGGUAGCCCCAGCAAUGGGUAACACAAAUCAAACUCCUGGAUGGGGAGCUCAAUUGCAGGGAAAUUUUCCCAUGAAUCCCGUUUGGGCUAUGUUUAUGCCAGGACAGCCAAACCCUAGCCCUGGCUGGGUAGCUCCUCUACAGCCAAACACAUGCCACACUAUGGAAACAUCUGCACAAACCAUGAACAUGAAUCCGGCUUGGGGACCAGGACAAGGAAAUAUUAAGCCUUCAAUGAAUCCACCCGUUGGAAAUCCUCAGAGCUUUAGUAGUCAACCACCCCAAGUGAAUCCACCAGUUGGAAAUCCUCAGAGCUUUAGUAGUCAACCACCCCAGGCUGGAGACAGACGUACAGGCCAGGGUGACAACCCGAGGGCCAAUGACUCGAGACAACCAAAUCCAAGGUCAUCAUGGAACAGGAUGCAGCCUGGAGGAUCAUCAGCUCCCCCGAGAGGAAACACAGGCGUAUGCUGGUUUCAUGAGAUGGGGCGCUGCAAGAAGGGAGCAUCAUAUGAAGUUGAAAGAUCUUAAAAGUUGUCACCCAUUACUCCCCUCUCUCUACUUGAUGAAUGAUGUUUGGUCUGUUCCUGGCAUCUUUAAUGAAUGCUCUGAUCGCCCAAGUGGCCCGAACUAGUAACUACACAUGCUGAAGACUCAGAAGUUGCUCAUGGUAUCCGGUAACUGGCAUGUACCAUUCAUAAUAAGUCGUGAGCAUUGGAAUUUUUUUUGCAGUUUCAUUGUUUUGGAUAGUUUGCUCAGGAAUUAUGUUGGAUUUUUUUAGCAUUGGAUUCCAGUUUAAUGUUUGGGUGAAAAUGAUCGAUCAUACGGUGUGACUAGGAUCUCAUAAUGUUCUUGGCUCCUUCAGGACGUUUGUAGUCGUCAAUUGUACUGUUAAACUCAUAAAAUUGGAGGUAUUGCAGGUUUGAAACAUUGAAUUUA